AUGAAAAAUCAUGAAUCCCAUCCCACUGAGUCUGCUCCAUUCCCUGAAGUGAAUGCAACAACAGGUUAUGAUAAGCCUGAAAGAAGGCAAAAUAAUUACCGUGGUCAUGGCCAUGGUCGUGGACGUGGACGUGGACAUGAAAGGGGACGUCAUAAUUAUCGUCAGCAUGGUGAAAAUAAACAAGAGACCAAUAAGGGUUCUCAAAAUAAUCCUUCAAGAGGUAAAGGUAAUAUGUGCCACCGAUGUGGUAUGAAAGGUCAUUGGGCACGUGUUUGUUGUACGCCCGAUCAUUUUGUCAAGCUUUAUCAGGCCUCUCUCAAAGGGAGAGAAAAUAACGUGGAGGCACACCUGACCUUUCAUAACAAUGAUGAUGAAGCAGCUCCCUCAAACAAACAUGAUGAUAUUGAGGCAAAUCUUGCUUAUAAAGAUGAUGAUUUUAAAAGCCUCUCAAAUACUCAUUUAGAAGCUGAAGGCUUCUAUGAUGAUAUUGACUGA